AGCAGGAAUGUAGCUUAGCGGGUGCUGGGAGGGUAGCGGGAAGGACCGGUUCCACAUUUGCUCUUGCGACAACAUUCAUUCUGAAGGAGCGCGGGAGUCGCCACAAGGAUUAUCCGUCUUCCCAAGAGAUUUUCCUGGUGGAUAUCUGGGAAGCAUGUCCUGUAGCGGCAGAUCCUUCUCUCGCAACUCCGAAUGAACAGAACACCACUCGACCCGAACGACGAACGAGCAUCGUUCCGUUUUACGUGGACGUAUCGGCACCCCUUCGAUAGACUCUAUUCUCUCACAAUCUCGAUAUACAGAGUUCUGAAAACAACCCUUUAGCAUUUCUUGUCCCUACUGUUGCAACAUUGACCAUGCUCUUUCGAACAUCUCUGCCCGUCAUUGUUCUCGUGGUCCUCGCCCUCGUCCCUGCAACUUCCGCCAAUGGCAUUAUCGCUCGCGGAAGCAAGCAUUUUCGGCUUGUUGGAAGCAAGCAAGCAAUGCGUCGCCUUGGAAUGAUGGAUGGCAGCAUGACGAGCAGCGGUUCGACAUCGAUGAUGGGAGGUGGCAUGAUGGGUAGCGAUUCGUCGUCGAGUGGAAUGAUGGGAAGCAGCAUGAUGAGCAGCGGUUCGUCAUCGAUGAUGGGAAGCAGCAUGAUGAGCAGCGCUUCGCCGUCGAGUGGAAUGAUGGGGGCCAGCACGAUGCUCAGCAGCUCGUCACGUCGUCUUGGAAUGAUGGGUAACAACAUGAUGAUGACCACGACGGACAGUUCAUCGAGGGAAGGUGGAGCCGAAAGCGAAGAAGAAAGCAAUGAGGAAUGCCCUAAAACCAACAAACCGACCCUGGAACCUGAUACAAUCUGCAACGUUCUACAAGUCUUUGACAAUAUGGGACGAGGAGAGAACCGAGAUGGGGCUUUGAAUUGGCCCAGGCUCUGCGAUGAUUUCGAGUCGGUGGAUCCUUACCUCUGUCCAUCAGGCAGUGAAAUUGAUGCAAUCUGCUCUCACAUCAACCCACAGUUAAAUCAAGCAACCAAGAUACACUAUUGCUCGCCGCUCUUUGACGAUUUGCCUGAUGGUGCUGGAAAGGAUAAGUGUGUUCGCAUUUGCAUCAACUACGUGUCCAAGAAUCGGGGCAACUGCUGCGGCUUUGAUUGCGGGCCACCUUAA